AAUAAGCGAAUAAGUUUAUAAUCGUAUCUAUUAUACUACAGGCUUAAGUUGUUGGGUUUCUUGUGGCAAGCAAAUAUCGAAUUUCGUAACAUUUAAGUACCGGCAUGAAACCGAUGAUUGAUGUAUAAUGGCCAUAGCUAAGUCGUGCAGUUAAGUUAAGUAAUAAAGUAGUCGGUGGUGUUUCGAUUUUUAUGUUUUCUUUUUUUUGGUUUUUUUACUAUUACUAUAACUACUACAACUACUACUAGCCAUUAGAGAGCAGCGAUUGCAUGCGCACUGGUAACGAGUCUGUUUAGAACUAUGCUUUCAUCAACGCUUCAAACUCUACCAUCUAUCCAAUGGCACUGCUUGCAAACUUCCGGCCAAAAGCGAACCAAAAGCAAAUACAAAACCGAAAAACGAGAGAAGGCUUCUAAAUAGUAUUGGGGGCGGAAAAAGCUCCAUGCAUUUCAUGCAGCAUCCGGGACAGUUAAGAAGAGCAAAACCAGAAACCGGAUUACCGUUCCUGCAAAAUAGAAAAUAAUCGCCGACAUCAGAGUAGGCAACACCGAAUCCGUGCUCGUGUGCAUCCUUGAGGCUGGAAUCAAAUUAAUCUCAAAACCCUUUGGCUAGACAUUCUUUGUAUACAGUUAAUACUACCGACUCGUUGAAGCUGCUGUCAAGUAGACUUUUCAUACGUGUUUGUAUGAUCCAUUGAUCCGGGAUGGCCUUUUCAGGUCCUCCAAAAACGAAAAAACACCAAUCCAUUCUAAAGAAUGCACACGUGCGACGGAUGCUUUGAUGAAGUGUUUGAGAGCCGUACGGGUUUUGGGAGGGGCGAUGUUUGACACUCUCGAAACUCUCGAGCCAACUGUAUGUGUGUGUAUGUGUUAACCGUACGAACCCUGUAUCUCGUGCGUGUAAUCCAUGUGUCUCUCUUUCUCUUUCUCUCUCUCUCCGGUCUGAAGUGUCCUACCCUCUGUUCUGGGUAGGUUUUACACGACCUCCCAACCGAACGUUGCUUUCAAACGCAUCAAAGGGUGAGGUGAAGCUUAUUCUGAUGUCACUUCCCAAACUCAAAAAAAAAAUAAUAACGAAAAAACAACGUACGACAUCGCAAACCGGCAAGCGCCUGAAACGCGGCAGAGGAAUGGCAGCUCGUACGUAGUGACAAAGUGUAACACACACCGCGUACACUCGGAAAAGCUUCCACUUCUUUCCGGUUUCAGCGAGCUCGCGCGUUUUGUGUGUGCGUUAACGUUGAAGUGGCCAAGUAAACACUCGUGUGCCACCCGGCCACCACCACGACCACUACGUGGACAUAUGAUAGACGAUUGAAGCAGCUGUGUAAGCGUGAAGAUUGCGUUUUUUUUGGGGGGCAGUGCCACAUAAAACACCGAGAAAAUGGAAGCGAAAAAUGAUGAGCAGUCACGAGUGGUCUGCAAGAAUAGAAGGAGCCAGGGACAACGCACAGUCCGGCCGAACGACCGAUCGAAAAUCAAGCGUUUCCAGCGUGAUGAUACGGUUUAAUUGUUGAGGUGAAAAAAUGUUGAUUUAACCCGUCAUGCGCGUUUCGUUCGUAGCUAGGAUAGUAUUUGAAGUAGCGAACACAGGUGAUUAUUAUCCUCCUGGGCGAGGGAAACGAUGUAGAAUUUAAGGUGCAUUGUUUUGUUUAUUUUGUGUUUUUAAAUGAUUUAAAUGGGACAGCGGGGAAUUGAUCUGAUGUGAUCUCUCGCAGCUGUUUUGUUGCAAAAGAAGAAUUUACGAACGAGGAAUGUGUACAGGAAGGUAUGAAAUGGAUAGAGCAUGGUCACCAUGCAGUCGGUUUGCAAACGAAUAGACGAAUUACGGUUAAGAAAGGUUCCAUUGUUUUCGAUGCAUCAUACAAAAAGUAAGCUAGAUAGGCAUUUUGAAAACGUGCAGUAAGGGAAAAAUCGACUACGUUUUGGCACUAGUUCGGUAGGAGUUGAGUUUUUGGUUGUCGGUAUUUGGUUGUUUUACGUUCCACUGCAUUUGUAAUCGAUGACGACGAAGCGAACGUAAAGGUAUCGAACAUGAUAACAUUGCUUAGUGCUGUUGGCACUUGCUGUGGAACCCCGCAGGGUACCCCCAACCAUCAGCAAAACGUAGUAAAGAGCGGUAGUGUGUAGUAGUUACCCGUGAAACUACAACAACAAUAAUUAAACUGAUGUCAUAUUGAUGUGGUGGUAGGGUGAAAGGAUGUGAAAACUAAUCCUCUCCUACCGCCAUUUCUGAGUGUGCGUGUGUGAUUGUAUUAAUAUUCAUUCAACUAAUUCGACCGUUAUACGAUCCGAACUUAUUCAAGAAAUUUAAAGAAGAUAAAAACCAAAACCCUUCAAGUGUUGUGAACAGCAGAUAAAUAGAUACAUAUACAUACUGAACUCAAAGAAAUGCAAUACUUUAGUGAUUAAAAGAGCUGGAAAGAGCGGUUACUUAUAUGGUAAAAGCAAGAGAAAGGAUAAACUCAUUUAUACAAUUCAUUAGAGUCGUACACUUUUCUAGAUUUGGAUGAAUUCAGGAAUCAUAAUCGAUGUUGUGUCUGUAAGUGUGUGUGUGUGUGUUUGUGAAAACUAGUAUAGAGAGAGUAUGGAAAGUGUAAAACAUGAAACUAUUUAAAUAGUGAAGGUUAAAGAACAGGUAAAACAGAAAACAGGAAACAAAUCGUUUAAAACCAUCGAUAUAAAAUGAAAAUUGUGAUUAUUUUCAAAGUACAUAGGUUGGCUCUUCUGUUAACAGCGGAAUCAAACCAUACCUUACCUAUACUUUUCCGCCUGUGCUAGACAACACAGAGUUCGAGAUCACUUACGAUCACACCAUGGAACAGUUCAGGGUAGAAUAGGAUCCAAACAAUAAAGCGCAUUGUCGAUCAAGCUUUAAGAAUCGUGGCAAAUAUUUGAGGCAAAAUCAUAUUUCAUUCCUAUCGUCAUACACACAAACACUUGGAAACACUCGCGUAUAAUCAUGCUUACUCUCCACAGCUAUAGUUUAUGACUGUUACGGAUGAUAAAGAUGAAACUGUAUAUCUAUCUAUAUUUCCUUAGCAACCUUAUGCAGGGGGCAGUGCAAAGAAUCGAAAACCAAUUGAACACAUUGAAAUCAAUCCAAAAACUACCAUGCAACAUGCUACAAAACGAGAAACAAUAAUUACUAUUACUAGAGAUGCAUUUAGUACGAACGAUGUGCGCCCAUUUGUUACGCUGCGUUCGUUUGUUCCCUGUUCCCAGACAAAAAAAAAGCCGAAACAGCUAUCACAUCCCGUGGAAGUAAAUGUGCAAAGCAACAAACAGGCGUAGAAUGAAAAAUGUAUUGAGCUUUUUUUGUGACUGUAGUAGAGCUAGGCGAGUCGAUUGUAUCGGAAUGUAUCGGAAUGUAUCGGUUACAGGAAGGACCGAAUUAUAGCAAUUACCCACCAACUAAUGCGUAAGAUAACCGUCGUACUAAGAGUCGAAAUAAGUGGAGCUAGUGUGUGAGAAACUUUUAUAAAGUUUCGCGUAACUGUUGUUUUGGCGGAUUGUACACAUUGCGGAUGGUUUGUCGAGUUGAGUUUGCCAUACAUAUUUAAAUCGUCAUAUCGUCAUACAAAACAUAGAAAGCAAUUUGUCUCCGUUCGUGAAUUGAAAUUUUUAAAAGCAAUAUAGCGAUGAAUGCUUUCAGUUAAGAAAGGUUUUUUGUUUUUGUUGGGAACACAGAGUAAAGUGAAGUAAAAUAUCGUAUUGCUUCUUUUAGCGGUGGCCCACCGUAUCCACAGCCCCCAAAAAAUAAAAAAAAACAGUGACCAAUUAUUAAGCUCAACGAACAAUAUUUGAAAGAUUUGUAACGAAGUGAAGCGAUGCCACACGAAAACAAUCAUUAAAGAGAGGAAACGAAACAUAGCUGCGAUGUGAAAGUAAAUAAUGGAAUAUUAAUACGAAGAAGAAGAUAAGAAACAGAUGCAAUAAGCAAAAGAUGUCCCUUGAAAUGACAGUAUUUAUUGUAGAAUAGAAAUAACUAAAUGCAAAGCAGCUAGUAGCAGUUGCAUUAGCGGAAAACAGAGAAAAUCAAACCCAAAAACAGAUACAAACAGUUACUCAAUCUUCUUCACACUUUUUCAGUACACACCACACAUUGGCAUGUUCUUAAACAGUUGUAUCUAGAUAUAGAUAGUUGCUAGCAUGGGAGAAAGGAAACCAAAAAUCCAAUUCACUAGAACGUUUGAUUGGUUCGAUUAGAAGAAGGCAAUUGUGCGAUCGUUUGACUGUAAGUAUGCCAAGUCCACUUGACAUGGAUCAGUGCAGUUUUUGGAAGGAAGCAGACGGAAGGAAGUGUUUAACACACACCGUUAUGCGUAAUUGUGCUGGUUGGAAAGCCAUUAACUACUCUGGUUGUUUCAUCUUAAGAUACUAGUGAUAGAACCCCCCUUUUUGCUAGACGUCGUGCUCUUCACUACUCAUUAGUGUGAAUCAUAAGUUUCUCGGUUCCUUCUUAACUCUUACUCUAAACUCUUAUCAUGAGCCAGUCAGUAGAAUCGAAAUCGGAAUUCAUAUUUAGGCGUAUUUUUGUAUCCCAGAUCUGCCACGAUUUUUUAAAGUUCUGUAAUAGAGAUAGAAUGAAGAAAGGCAUACUAGCAAACAAACUAUUCCUCGAAAUUUACAAACUCUAAAUAGGAUUGAUAAAUGGAAAAAGAAUAAAAAGAGGAUGAAGUGGAAAAAUGAAGCAUACAUUAACUAUAAAAUGGAAAACAUAUUUCCGCAGAAAAAAAACACAUAAGCUAAUGCAAAACAUAUUUAACCGUGCAUUGUGAAACCCCCCCGUUGUGAAUCAUACAAUAGUGCUCGUAGUGGCAGACGACAAGCUAGCAGGCAGUACAAGUAAAUGGAACGUGGUAAAUGUAGCAUACGAACAGAAGUGUGAAAUAGAAACGCGUAUGUAAGUGGAUGUGUAUGUUGAAUGGCAACUCGAUGCAUCAGAACAGGAAUCCGUUAAACGAAGUAGAGAGAGAGGGAGAUAGAGAGCGAGAGAGAGAAUUGUAAAAAUAGAUAGACAUAUCAUUUAAAACUUUAAAACGAAAGCUCGAAACAAGCAAAGGAUAAAAUCGUCACCGUACGAAACGUAUGAGCGUAGCAAGAGCGAAAAUAAGGAACAAUGAACUAAGUAAGAGGGCGAAACAAAAAAAAAACACGAUAAACCACACGAUAAAACACUAAUAAACAAAACAUAUUCCUAUGAUACAUUUCUAAUCAAAAACAAAACUUUGUGCAACUCAACAUUUGGCAAGCAAAGGCAUUUGGCACGUGUGCAGCGGGAGACCGGGAGUGAAAUGCGAUUGUAGGACACUUUUCCUCUCUGUGCAAGAUCUGCAUCGGUAAGAAGAAGCGAAAAAGGAACCGAAUAGAUAAUAAAUGUUGUAUAAAGUCGUAAAAACUCGUAGGGCCAAGCAGCAGACAGACCAGUAGCGAUGUAAAAGCAGUGAAAGAAAAGCCGAAAAUGUAACUUGAACUAUUAUCAAAUAAAAAUUCUUUAUUAUAAUUAUUAA